AUGGCUGAAGGAUUAUCUCACCCAUCAAUUAAGGACGGCUGGUUUGCAGAGAUCUCCGAGACUAUGUGGCCCGGCCAGGCGAUGUCUUUGGAAGUCGACAAGAUUCUCCACGUUGAAAAGUCCAAGUACCAGGAUGUGCUCGUUUUCAAGUCAAAAACCUAUGGUAACGUGUUGGUUUUGGACAACUGUAUCCAAGUGACUGAGCGUGACGAGUUCUCCUACCAGGAAAUGAUCACUCAUUUGGCGUUGAACUCCCACCCCAACCCCAAAAAGGCGCUUGUUAUUGGCGGUGGUGACGGUGGUGUUUUGAGAGAGAUUUUGAAACACUCGUCGAUUGAAGAGGCCUGGUUGUGUGACAUUGACGAGACCGUGAUUGAAGUGUCCAAGAAGUACUUGCCCGAGAUGUCCGUUUCCUACCAAGAUCCAAGAACCAAGGUCCACAUUGGAGACGGGUUCAAGUUUUUGGAGGAGUACAAGAACCAGUUCGAUGUCAUCAUCACCGACUCCUCCGACCCGGAGGGCCCAGCCGAGUCCCUUUUCCAGAAACCAUACUUCCAAUUGUUGAAAGAUGCCUUGACUGAAAAGGGCGUCAUCACCACGCAAGCGGAAAACUUGUGGAUCCACAUGGACAUUAUUUCCAAGUUGAAGAAGGACUGCCGUGACAUCUUCCCUGUUGCCGAGUAUGCUUACACUAUGAUCCCAACUUACCCUUCAGGCUCAAUUGGGUUCAUGGUUUGCUCCAAAGAUGCCAAUGCCGACGUUAAAAAGCCAAUCAGAUUCGACUGGGAUGACGAUUUCGUUGCAAAGAACUUGAAGUACUAUAAUAAGCAAAUACAUGAAGCUGCUUUUGUCUUGCCCAACUGGGCAGACCAAAAGUUGAACAAGGGACUUUAG